AUGAAGGAAGGAGACGGAGAAGAAUUGUGUUUGUGCUUGAAGCAUGAAGGGAAACAGAAACAGAAGCAGAAGCACAAACAGCAUCGUGUUGUGUUUUGUCGUAUGAUGAGAAAGUCAAAGCGAACUAAAAAAGCGAGUUGUGUGUUGGUGACAGAUUUUCAUGAUGUUUUCCCUGAUUUUCCACCCGACAUUCUAAGAGCUAAGCGUUUAACUAUCGUCAGUCAAUUAUCUUUCAUCGUUCAUUCAUACGGGUCACCCAUAUACAUGAGCGUGUUAAAGUCCAUCAAGCAAGCAAGCAAGCAACCAGCAUGA